CUUCGUAGCCGUUGUGGUUUUAUUUCCGGGGUUGUCUCCUCAAAAUAAGUCAUGAAGCAUGCUAGCUAGCUAACCUAGCAGCUAAAACAUUCAGAAGUGCGAAUGUGUAACGUUACAGUGAGUUUUAGCUGUGUUUGUUAGAGGCAGCGUCAGCGUACUCUGAAAUGACUUAACUUGAGGAAACGGUGGUUUUAGCGUGUUGCUGGAACAUAAAGAGUAUCAGCAGAAGAUGAUAGAACCAGAGCUACUCACUGAGGUGCCUGCAGCACUGAAGCGACUAGCCAAGCAGGUUGUAAGGGGUUUCUACGGAGUGGAACAUGCCUUGGCCCUGGAUGUGCUGAUCCGCAACCCAUGUGUACGUGAGGAGGACAUGCUGGAGCUGCUCAAGUUUGACCGUAAACAGCUGCGCUCGGUACUCAACACCCUGAAGGCAGACAAGUUUGUCAAAUGCCGCAUGAGAGUGGAGACGGCUCCCGAUGGCAAGACAACGCGGCAUAACUACUACUUCAUCAAUUACAGGGUACUGGUCAAUGUGGUCAAGUAUAAAUUGGAUCACAUGCGGCGGCGCAUCGAGACAGAUGAGCGAGACUCCACCAACCGUGCCUCCUUCCGGUGCCCCUGCUGCUCCUCCACCUUCACUGACCUCGAGGCAAACCAGCUGUUUGAUCCCAUGACAGGUACAUUUCGCUGCACCUUCUGCCAAACAGAAGUAGAAGAGGAUGAGUCCAUCUGUCCUGAUGCCAGGACACAGGUGGCACGCUUCAAUGAGCAGAUCGAACCCAUCUACGCACUGCUACGUGAGACCGAAGAUGUUAACUUGUCCCAUGACCUGCUGGAGCCUGAGCCUACUGAGAUCCCUGCCCUCAAACAGAGCCGUGAACGUGCUGCAGCAUCCGGACUAAACUCAGGCCAACACCGGGAGGCCUGGUCUAACAAAGGCUCAUCCUACGCUGACCUGUACACCCAGAAUGUGGUUAUCAGCAUGGAGGAGCAGGACGCCCAGCAGAAGCAGGCCAGUGAGGGCAAGGAAGUUAAAGAGAGGCCCGUCUGGUUGACCCAGAGUACUGUGCAGGGUGCUUACAGCGAGCCUGACAUCCUCCAGAACAGUGGAGAUGUUGUACCUGGAGCCCAGGAUGGAGCUGCUGGGCAUGGAAUUGGUCAGGUAGAUGAAAACGAGGAAGUGAUGCGUGCCUUGCUCAUCCAUGAGAAGAGGGGCGUGGCAGGGGCAGGAGCAGGUGGAGCGAGCACUGCUACAAAGGGGCUCGUCUCCGCCACAGCUAAUGCCAGCGACUCAGAGAGCGACACCAGCGAAUCAGAUGAUGACUCUCCCUCAGGUCCUGCCCCCGCCGCAGCUGCUCAGAAUCGGGCCAACGACGAGGAGGAAGAGGACGACGAUGAGUUUGAGGAGGUGGGGGAUGAGCCGAUGGUGACGGUGGGAGGCCGGUCUUUCUCAUACCGAGAGGUCAGCCAGAGGCCGGAGCUGGUGGAGCAGAUGACUGCACAGGAGAAGGAGGCCUACAUUGAAAUGGGACGAAACCUCUUCCAGGACAUGUACUUCUGAACACACACACUUUUAUAAAUAUGUUACACACAUAAUGAAACACGUUGAUGAAUUGGCUUUGAGUUCCCGAAUGUAUACUUUACUGCAGUCUCACACUAUCGCUGGUGAUAUCUGAGGAAAUGUUUACGUGCUGCUCAAGAAGUAUUUACAGUCAGCUUCAGGCUCUUGCAGAGCCAACGACAUGCUUCGACAGUGUUGCCUAAGUGAUCACACCUUUUAGUAUUCUGUCCUAAGUAUUUUUAAUUCUCAGUCACCAAACCAGAAGGUAGCUGGCCAGCUGCAGUUUGUGCCAAUUAGUGUUUUUGUUAGUCUGUUUUAUUUUCAUUUCAGCUAUAAGUUUAACAUACUGUCUGCAUCAUGUAUCUGAAGGAACAGACAAGCUUCAGUUAUAAUCAAUGCACAUCAGUUGAAGUCCGCCCCCCCCCCCCACACACACACACACACACACACAAGUCAUUUUUUAUUGGGCCGUGAGCUCUGCCAAAAGACAUAGGCAGAGCAAUAAUGUGGCUGACUGUACGCAGUGUGACACUGAAGCUGCCGACGUGCUGUUUUCCAAAUAUUUUCAGUUUUUCUGAAAAGAAAUCAGACUGGAUUUAAAAGCUCAUCUCAGGCAAAUGUUGAAUACAAGAGGAUAUGGUUGAAUUGUUUUGGUUUACAAUUAAAAAAAAAAUUGUUAUUCUGAACUAUCUGUAAUAAAAAGAUACUGCAGUACAGCAAUAUGCAUGGACUAAUGAUAAUGUGUACAUAGUGAUGAAUGAAAGCAUCGUGUACUAGCAAUUUACCCUGACAAGCAGUUCAGAAUAUAGAAGUAAGGGGGCACUGUGACAUUUGUCUUGUGGACAAAACGGAGUCUAUUGUGGGUGCUCUAAAUUAUACCCCCAAAACUAUGGGUUACUAUGUUGUUUAUGUGUCUGCAUCCUACAACACGGACCUUAGAUCUCUUCAACUGUUGGCUAGAGAGACAGGGCUCUAACCAUUUUAAAUGAUUAAUAUUAAACAAUAUAAGCAGCAACAGAUAAUGAGACUUGAUUGAAAUAUGUUUCACCGACAGUUAAACCAUGAUGAAACAAGGUGUGUACAUCAUUUGCAGUUCAGUGUUUUUUAUUUUAUUUUUAUUCUUUUGCAUUAAUCUUCGCUUCACAAAAAUACAUUUAAUUUUAAACAUCCGCGACACAUCUGUUUGCUUUAAUUCUCUACACAGCAUAAUGCCUCCUAAUGUGUCAAAAGGCCCAUGGUCCCGCCACUUUUCUCCUCCUAAUGCACAAGUUAAACUAAUGUGAUGCUCUCAUUACAGCCUGGCAUCAAAUAUACUUGUGUUCAGUACUGCGAGAGACUGGGUUAUUGUGGUUAUUUUUUUGUGUUCCAAAUUAUUAACACCUUUUCUUAUAGAACAUUAAAUAAGAACAAUAUUACAAUAUUUGUCAUAUUUUAUCAUUAUAAAAUACAUUUCUAAUAAAUGUGAAAUAUGUGAUAAAUAUAUCCCUUGUUUGAGCGGGACCUACUGCUGUCAGUGACAUUCACCAGCUGCAGCUACAGGAUUUGAUUUCCCAUUUAAAAAUGUGAUAUGUUUAACCGAUAAAAGAUUUCAUACAGUA